AUGACCACUUUUUCUUUCUGUAAGGAAGAAAAAACGUGGUUAACUCAAUAAAUGUGUAAUGGGGUCAAUAAAGACGGGGAAAUAAAUUUGUGCUGGGUUUAUUCUUAGGAAGACCCCCAAAAAAUAAAGAAGAAGAAGAAUCAGAGAAUCAUUCGACUUCAAGAUGAAGUGAGCAACAGAAAAGAAAAAAACACAAACAAAUUAAGCCAAUAUUAUGGAAGGUGAACUCAAGAACUUGAUCAAGGUAUGGCUCAUAGUCCUAGCCUCUCUAUGCUACACUCAUUUCAUUGCCUCAAAAAUCCCAAAAGGCAAACUCAGGCUCCUCUCUCUAAUCCCAGUCUUCUUCCUUUUCACCAUCCUCCCUCUCUCUCUCACCACUGUCCUCCCCACAGGCAUCACCGCCUUCUUCAUGACAUGGCUUGCCAACUUCAAGCUCAUCCUCUUCUCCUUUGGUUUGGGCCCACUUUCAUCUGACCCACCAAAGUCCCUCCCUCUCUUCAUCUCCAUUGCUUGCUUCCCCAUCAAAAUCAAGCAAAAUGAUAAAUACCCAUCUCACCAAAACACCCAGAAACACAUAAACUCAUCUCCUAUUUUAAAGGCACCCCCUAAAUUGCCUCUAAAUUUUCCUACCAAAGUCUUGCUUUUUGCUCUAUUAGUGGCUGCCAUAGAUUACAAACAUGUGCACCCAACGAUUGUGUUAGGAUCAUAUUGUUGCUUGCUCUAUUUCCUCGUGGACAUAGUUUUGGGUUUGUGCAAUGCUAUCGUGCGUGCCACUCUUGGAAUUGAGCUAGAACUACCGUCCGAUGAGCCUUACUUUUCAACAUCGCUACAAGAUUUCUGGGGCAGGCGGUGGAACCUCAUGGUAACCAAUAUUCUACGCCACACAAUAUACAAACCCAUUCGGUCAAUCUCGGAAACCGUGUUAUUCAAACAACAAAAGCAAAAGUGGGCCCCACUGCCAGCCGUGUUGGUGACUUUCAUGGUCUCUGGUCUGAUGCACGAGCUCAUAUUCUUCUACGUCACACGUGUGAAUCCCACGUGGGAAGUCACGUGCUUUUUUGUGCUCCAUGGGGUGUGUUUGGUGGUGGAGCUUUGGGUGAAAAAUGUGUUAUUGGCACGUGGGUGUUGGUUGCAUUGGGCAGUGGCUGGACCAUUGACCAUUGGGUUCGUGGUGGUCACCGCCAAUUGGUUGUUUUUGCCCCCACUGGUGAGGAACGGCGCGGAUAUUAAGGCCAUUGAGGAAUGCAAGGUUGUGUUAAAGCUUUUGACGGACAAGAUGUUAUGGACUUUGAAAAGUUUGUAAUUGGUAUAAUAAAUGUACACCGUCCAUGUUUGAUUUUAGUUUCAAUUGCAUCAAUUUCAAAGAUCAAA